AUGAGGAUUGCAACCCUUCAAUUCGCGCCGAAGCUGGGCGACCUCAAAGGCAAUAUUGAGAAAGCAAAUGCUUUAUUGAAGACUGGCAAGACCAUUGCUGUAGACGGAAAGGAGCUCGGGAUCGGGGUGGAUCUGUUGAAGCCUGAUAUCUUGGUGCUGCCUGAGUUGGCGCUGACCGGCUAUAACUUCCCCUCUUUGGAAGCGAUCAAGCCGUAUCUCGAGCCAGCCGGCGACGGCCCCUCUGGCUUGUGGGCGCGUGAAACUGCCAGACGCUUGAGUUGCAAGGUCUGCGUGGGGUAUCCGGAGAUCGAGAACGAUCCUCAAAUUCCCGACAAAGUCACGUACUAUAACUCACUUUUUAUUGUCGACGAGAACGGGGAGUUCAUCCUCAACUACCGCAAGAGCUUCUUGUAUUACACCGAUGAAACGUGGGCGGCUGAAGGUCAAGUUGAGCGAGGGUUCCAUGAGCUUGAAUUCGAUUCUAAAGGCACGCUAUCCUCCUUGACAAACCCGGUGCACCAGGGUGAGCAGGUUUUAUCCGAGAAAAAGCGGGUCGCGACUUCGCUUGGUAUCUGUAUGGAUAUCAAUCCGUACAAGUUUGAGGCGCCAUUCGCCAAGUGUGAAUUUGCAACUCGAGUCCUUGACUCCAAAACCCAGCUUGUCAUUCUGUCUAUGGCGUGGUUGACCACCCUAAGCCGAGAAGAGCUCGAUGCGUUGAAGGAUAAACCCGAUAUGGAUACUUUCAACUAUUGGCUUCAGCGGUUCUGGCCCCUGUUGCAAAAAAGGAUGGAACAUGAGGUGGACCUUGACGGCGGUAAGGCGGCAGAUUCUCCGAAGAAGAUCGUCAUUGUCUUUUCUAAUCGGUCGGGCGAGGAGGCACCGACAGAGGAUACUAAGCCACCGGCGAGAUAUGCGGGAACAAGCGCUAUCAUUGCUGUGACGCAACGACCCACACUCAAUGCUGCGGAGAAAGAUGCAGGGUCAGGUGCGCACACAGAUGAGGAAAGUGAGACAGGGGAUGCGGGCAUCCCAUUCGACAUCAAGAUACUUUGCUGGGACAUGCUAGGCGCCGCGGAGGAAGGUAUUUGUUUCGCGGAUACUACGGCAGAUCCGCAAAUGGUAUUUGCACUGAAAAAGGCGUCCGAGUGA